UCUGGUCUCUAUCCGAUGGGGGAUAAAAAGAGGAGGGCAGACAGAAGUUUGACAUACUUAAGACAAAGACCACAGCAGUUCUUUUCAGCAGUGAUUGCGAGUAUCUGCAACGUCAAGAGCAAGUAAACUUGAAGCUGCAUGUGGAAAAGAAAAUAGAAAAUUGUGAAUCUAACCAGCUUUACCGACAGCAGUGGUAUUGGAGACAAGAGAGCAGAGCUGCAGGAAGUCAACAUACCAUCAGUGAAUAGAUAAGGCUUCGGGAGGGAAGCUUCACAGAACAACCUCUUUCAGCUUCACACGGGGAGAGAAGUAAAAAACAGCAACUCAAGGAAUAAAAAAGGAGAGUACGCACAUGUGGACUGACUGCCUAAUCUGAGGUGAUAUUGAAAAGAAGCAGCAACAAUCUGGAGGAGGAACAGCAAGAGGUCCACCGGGGCCCACACAACAAUUUCACUAUGAGUAUGACUGGUACUUUAGAGAAGGGGGCCCACCAUCAAGCUCUGGACCUCUCUGAGGAACUGCCACCUCAUCUCCAGCAUCACCACGCCAACCACCACCAGCAUCUCCACCACUCCAACUCUCUGGCCUCCACCACUGCUAUGGGUGGAGGCAGAGAAACACCUUCGCGUGUUGUCAUACCUCCUCCUUAUUCUGCAGCUGAAAGCGGAGGUGGAGGAAGCGAGGCUCCUCUGGAGCUGCGGGGCUCGCUUGACUGCUGGGCUUGUUCAGUGCUGGUGACGGCACAGAACCUGGUGAUAGCCGCCAUCAACGCCUGCCUCGCUGGAGUGGUGUUUGGCACCAUCCUGACACCAGCCAUUGUCAUGGUUGUGUUUGGCUUCCUCUGUCACUCCACAGUGCGCCCCCAUGGAACGACCCCAUACUGUUCUGACCUGCUGACCGACGGAGGCUGUGUGGCUUUGCUGGUGGUAGGCUUCCUGCUGGUUACCCCACUGCUUGUGCUUGCCCUGGCUGCAUACUGCCGCCUAGCCCGACACCUCCAGCUGGGCUUGUGCUUCAUACCGUACAGCCGAGCUGUGUACAAGAACCUGCCGGCUAACCAGCACCGUGGCCUGGGCACUGGCUGCUGUGGUGGUCGAGAUGGAGCUGACAGCAGCGGGAAGGGAAAGGUCUGGGUGUGAGACAAAGCAGGGAUGGGGAAGGGGCGGGAGACAAAGGGGUGAGGAAGAUCAUCAGCUGAAAUAUAUAAAGGGAAGAAAAUAAGAGAGCAGGGAUGGGGGUUGAGCUAAGGAAACACAAGAGAUAUAAAGAAGGUCGACUCCGGAGCAUGUAGGAAGUUGUGAAUGUUAGUUACUCUAACAACCAGCUGUACAUCCUGAAAGGAAAAUUACCUCAAUUAUGACUAAUGAAUUACUCCCAUGCCUUCAGAUCAAAGCAGAACAGUGGCUGGUGAGGGAGGGAGGUAGUAGGAGGUGGGUGGGUGGUUCUAAAGGUAUUACUGUUGGUAUUAUUCCAGUGAGUACAAUGGCUAUUACUGAAACUUACUGUCUUUAGUAACUUUCCAGCUGCAUUCAGAUGUCUAAGUACUAAACAGUAAAUCUAAUCAAGAACAUUUAUAAUUAUAAACAGCUUGUAUUGUCAGAUGUAUCACCAUAUGAAAUGGUAUUAUGUUGUAUUACCAAAAAAAAAAAAAAAAAAAAAAAAAAGAAUGUCCAAAUAAUUCCAAUUAAUGAACUACAGUGAAAUCUGGCUGCUAGAGUUUAGAAAGGGGAAAAUUCAACACUACACUUAUCAAAAACACAGUAUGACGCAGCCAACUUGAACUUUCCUGAAUAAAUGACAGGAAAAAGGAAAUCUGAGAAUAGCACAUUGUUUAGACACCAAGCAUAAUUGUCUCUUAUCACAUUUAUAUUAUCGUGAACAUUUACUUGUCAGCUGGAGUUAUAUGUUUAGUAGUCACUACGUGUAAUUACAACAUCUUGUUUUAUUUCCUUUCUAUAAAUAAAGUUUUCUGAUUUUU